CGUCCGCGUCUGGAGCUAUAGAUUGGUAAUAAUACAUCUUUCUCCCUCCCCCAACAGGCAGGUGGACUUCAAUUGCGUGGUGCAGGUAUUAUCGUUCCCGAUUAACUGACUAUUUUCAGGGACAUCGAGCUCUCGACAAUUUCAGCUUCUUCUUUUUUUCAUCAGUGCAAUGGAGACAGAGAUUAACAAAGCACCAUUAUAUUUCGAUCUCAACACUGGAGCUAAGAUCCCAUCUGUUGGUCUGGGGACAUGGAAGGCUUCUCCUGGUGUUGUCGGCCAAGCUAUCAUUGCCGCUGUCAAGGCUGGUUACAGGCACAUUGAUUGUGCCCGUGUCUAUGAUAACGAGAAAGAGGUCGGGGAUGCAUUGAAGGAACUGUUUUCAUCGGGGGUGGUGAAGCGCAGUGAAUUGUUCAUUACAUCUAAGCUAUGGUGCAGUGACCACGCACCUGAAGAUGUCUCAAAGUCUUUGAGCAAAACUUUACAAGACCUUCAACUCGACUAUAUUGAUCUGUAUCUGAUUCACUGGCCAUUUCGCACAAAGCCUGGUAGCCGAGGCUGGGAUCCAGAAGUCAUGGCUCCCCUGUGCCUUCCAGAAACAUGGGCGGCAAUGGAGGGCUUAUAUGCAUCUGGUCAGGCACGUGCCAUUGGGGUUAGCAACUUCUCAACCAAGAAGCUGGAGGACCUGCUCAAGUUUGCAAAAGUACCACCUGCUGUCAAUCAGGUAGAAUGCCACCCUGUCUGGCAGCAACCUGCCCUCCACAACCUCUGCAAGUCUACUGGAGUUCAUCUCACGGCAUAUUCCCCUUUAGGAUCUCCUGGCUCUUGGGUUAAAGGAGAAAUUUUGAAGGAACCCAUUUUGAUAGAAGUUGCUGAAAAACUUAACAAGUCACCAGCACAAGUGGCUCUGUGUUGGGGCAUUCAAAGUGGUCACAGUGUUCUUCCCAAAAGCGUGAAUGAAUCUAGGAUCAAGGAAAAUUUAAGCUUGUUUGAUUGGUGCAUACCUCCUGAGCUCUUCUCGAAAUUAUCAGGCAUCCACCAGCAAAGGCUACUCCGAGGGGAUUUUGCAAUCCACGAAACUUGUAGUCCUUACAAGAGCCUUGAAGAACUGUGGGAUGGUGAAAUAUGAGACAACACGUUACUCUUUGAUAUUAGUCUAAACGGAUAUCAUUUUUGAGGACAUUGAUUCAUCAGCACAGGUGAGCAGCUAAAUCAGAUACAGGGGAAUCCUGGUAAUCUGGCAAUAGAUAGUACCAUGAAAUAAUGGUGGAAAAAACAAAUGAGUUCUUUUCUAUAUUCUGUUAGUUUUGUCAAUGCAUUUGUUAAUUCUUUCAGGAUACUGUUAUCUUCAUCCCUCUGUGUUCUCUUUUUCUAAAAUCAUAAUGAAUGAAUCAUUUGAUC